AGAACCAGACAGUGGAACCACCAGGUGGCGGUAGAAGACCGGUAAUAAAAAUUCAUGGGUUUGGCUGCGCAUGCUCAGUUCUAUCUAUGCGGAAAUUUUUAACGGUGUGUGGGGUCAGACCUUGGACCAGGAGCCUCUGGCGAAGUUACAAUGAGCUCAGCAGGCGGCUCGUCUCUGCAGGUCCAUGCGGUUCGGUUCGGCCCGGGUCAGGAGCUGCUGGCGUGUCUACAGGCCUUCGUGGAGCAGAGACGACUCCGAGCGCCGUUCAUCAUCACGUGCGUGGGCAGCGUCACCAGGGCAACGGUCCGGCUGGCCAACGCCACGGCGACAAACACCAACGAGGUGCUGCACCUCAGCGGGCGCUUUGAGAUCGUCUCCCUCGUCGGCACCCUGAACCCGGAGGCCCACCUGCACAUCUGCCUGUCGGACGCCGCCGGGAGGACGGUGGGCGGUCACGUGCUGGGGGACCUGGACCUGUUCACCACAGCAGAGGUGGUUCUGGGCGAGGCGUCCGACCUGCGGUUCACCAGGGAGAUGGACCCGCAGACGGGCUUCCCCGAGCUCGUGGUUCAGCCGCGCUCACAAGCAGAAUAAAGUGCGUCCAGAACCAGAACCAGCUCCAGGCAGAGACAUAGGGUGAAGUGGUGAAAUUAAAAGUCUCUGAUAACAAA